AUGUCUGAGCAGGUUGAGACUGCAUUACCAUCAGGUGUUGGUUAUGGGGUCGUCAUCGGGGUCGGCGCAUUCUUUACUAUUCUGAUGUGCGGUUUGACAGUCAUUCAGAAUAGAUACACCAGCUACAGCACAAAGACAAGCGAGGAGUUCAAUACAGCCAGCCGCAGCGUCAAACCUGGGCUAAUCGCUGCCGGCAUCGUCUCUGCCUGGACUUGGGCCGCAACUCUCCUGCAAAGCUCGACUGUGGCCUACACAUAUGGCGUCGCCGGUCCGUUCUGGUAUGCGGCGGGAGCCACCGUCCAGAUCCUCAUCUUCUCCAUCCUGGCCUGCAAGACGAAGAUGAAUGCUCCGCGGUGCCACACGUUUCUGGAGAUCAUUCUUUAUCGCUAUGGAAAACUCGCUCAUUGCGUGUUCCUGUUCUUCUCUCUGGUCACCAAUAUCCUCGUCGGCUCGCAGCUGCUUCUUGGAGGUAGCGCGGUCUUGACGGCGUUGACCGGAAUGAAUGUCUACGCAGCGAUCUUCCUGAUACCUCUGGGAGUCGUCUUGUAUGUCAUCACAGGAGGACUGCGAGCGACGUUUCUGUGCGAUUACUCCCAUACGAUAGUCGUGAUGAUUAUCAUAUUGUACUUUAUGUUUCAAAUCUACGCCCAGAUAGAUCUGAUCGGCAGUCCUGGCCGCAUGUAUGACCUACUCGUGCGGGCGGGCGAGCAGAGGCCAGUCGCAGGCAACAAGGACGGCUCCUAUCUAACACUCAAGUCCAAUUCAGCACUCAUUUUUGGCGUAAUUCAGCUCUGCUCCGGGUCAGGUACCGUCUUUCUGGACCAGGCCUACUGGCAGCGUGCCAUCGCCUCCAGGCCAUCGACCGCGGUCAGAGCAUAUAUCCUCGGUGGCCUGGCGUGGUUUGCUAUCCCCUUUGGAUUCGCCACGACAAUGGGAUUAGCGGCUGUUGCAUUGACAGACAGCCCAUCCUUCCCCACCUAUCCCGAGGUACCGACGCGAGCUCAGAUCUCCAGCGGCUUGGCAUCCGCGUUCUCCGCCAGCGCGGUCCUGGGCAGCAAUGGCGCAGCAGCAUUGCUAAUCACAUUGUUCAUGGCUGUAACGUCUUGUGCGUCGGCAGAAUUGAUCGCCGUGUCUUCGGUCUUAACGUUCGAUGUCUACAAGACAUAUAUCAGGCCUCAAAGUUCUCCGAAAGAAUUAAUCUUAGUGAGCCAUAUAAACGUGGCAAUAUUCGGUCUCAUGAUGAGUCUGUUUGCCGUGAUAUGGCACGCAAUAGGGAUAGAUCUUGGUUGGCUCUUCCUGUUCAUGGGCUUGGCAAUCGGCGGAGCAGUAUUUCCCGUGGCUUUUAGCAUAACUUGGCGCAAGCAGACACGUGUAGCUGCCAUAUCCGGAGCUCUAUUCGGUUUAGCGGCUGGUCUCACGGCGUGGCUCGUAACAGCACAGGUCUACUACGGCGAGCUCACCCUGGAGACUACGAACUCGGAGUACUCCACACUUGCUGGAAACCUUGCAGCAAUCAGCGUGGGAGGCAUUGUCUCAACUACUGUCACUUUGAUCAAGCCUGACAACUUCGACUGGGAGAUCACCAGGGCCAUCAACGCCGAAAAUGCUAACCUUGAUGAAGUAUCACCGACCCCUGUUCCGACCGUACCUAGUGUCCCAACAGAGAAACAACCACCUUCUGAUGCACCGACGUCCUCCGGUGACUCUGCAAAGAACGAGACGGACGUUGAACAAGAGCCUGCGAGGCUCACCCAAACACUGUCCCGCGACCAGCUUCUGGAAGAGUCACCAGAACGUCUACGAUCGGCUCUGACAGUCGCCAUCACUGCGUCGAUCACAAUACCGGCAAUAAUGGAUUUCAUUGUGCCUAUACCAAUGUUCCUGAGCCACUACAUCUUCUCCAGAGCCUUCUUCACGGCCUGGGUAGUCAUCAGCUUCAUCUGGGUUUUCACCAGUACUGCGAUUACCUGUAUCCUACCGCUAUGGGAGACGAGGCAGUUUUUGGGUGACGUGAUGGGCCGAGUGAUACGGGGCGAGAAGCAUUCCAGAACCUGA